UGUUCCGGUUUCUGUCUGCCAGCAGGCAGCCAAAAUGUUGGCCAUUCUGUCUGUGCUGUUUUUAUACCUUUAUAAUCCGGUUAGCGGCGUUUUUCAGAAACUUUACUGCACCAUAUCAGACAGCUGUGAGUGCGACUUUAAGCCCAAUAUCAAAGACCUGGAGUGGGACCUCUACAAGAAUGUUUAUGGACAACAUCUGGCCCAAGACAUAGUGUCAGAGGAGGUGGCAAAGUUUCUUAAGAAUAAAAGCCCCGACCGGCCCCUGGUGCUGUCCUUCCAUGGCUCCUCUGGGACAGGAAAGACGUUGGUCAGCUCCAUGCUGGGAAAUCAUUUGUACGGCUCGGCGAUGAGCAGCCCGUACGUCCAUCAGUUUGUUCCGACGCUACACUUCCCCUUGCCUGACCGGGUCAAGGAGUACAGGGCGGCUUCUUCCACUCCAGCAUCAUCCAGCAGAAGCUCAUCACCCGCUUCGUUCCCUUCCUGCCGCUGAGCCGACGCCACGUGGAGCGCUGUGUCCGCUCUCAGCUCUGCCAGCGGGGCAGCUGCGCCCGCAGUGACGUGGUGGAGGCAGUAGGGGGCGACAUGAUCUACACUCCCGUCCAGGGACAGUACUUCUCCUCUACCGGCUGCAAGGCUGUCCCCGCCAAAAUCAACCUCUUCCUGUGAGUCGUGGGGCGAACUGUUUGUUGGUAUUAAAGGACUGAAAGGGAGACUCAUUCUGAGGACAGUCGGUGACAAGAAACAGAUCUCUGAGGCUGUUUGAAUCAGUUUCGGGUCGGGGNNGGGGGGGGGGCUGAACUCACUACCCCCCAUAUUCAAAGCCAUUUCUGUGCUGUCAAUGCUGAGUUUCUCUAAAGGCAUCGCUGCUGGUGCAGUCGGUACACGUCCUAUUGAGAGCACAGGAGACUUUAUUCCCUGAGCGUUAUUCAGUGUCAGACCUGGAGUCCUGUCGCGCUCUACCUCAGACCCAACUCUGCUUUUAAUUUAUGAACUUAUGAAGUUGGUACAUGUCACAUUACAGUUGCUGUUGGUUUGCCAUGAGCGGUCAUCAAUCAAUUUGUUUUUAAGCUUUUUUUUAUCCAGUAUUUAUUUCCAUAACACCAGUCUCUUUUCACGUUCAUACAGUCAUACUAUUCACUGCGGGAAGCUUCCCAGUUCGCCCACAGGUGUCCACAGCAGAUCCUACCUGGAACAGCCAGAGCGUCUCUUUCCAGGCUCCUCUGUUAGCCCACUAACAGCUGCUACAAAGCAAACAAAGAGUUCCUGAGAGAGAGCGAGAAAAAAAGAAUUGUAUUUUAGCUUGAUUAUGAUGCAUUGUGGCUUUAUUUUUUUAUUUUAAGAGGGUUGGGAUGUGAACUCACUCAGCUUGUGUAAAAGUGAAAAAAAACCUUUAGAAUAACAAAUACAAGGUUUUCAUUUUAAGUGAUUAGGAUGUAAGUCCAUGUAAGAUGAGAAAUAUACCAGAGCUUUAAGUAAGGAAUUUAGGGCAGGUGUUUUAGCUCAUUCCAUCAUUAGUUUUGAACCAAUAAUGAGAAUAUCUACCAAUACAAGUCCUUUAAUAAGAGCUCAGUUAUUAUCAAAAUAUCAACUCCCUCAAUAAAUGCAUCUAAUGAUCUCUAAAUAAUCAGUAUAACACAUCAUCCAAACUAAAUACAGUAUGUAUUGAAAUUAAACCAUGUCUUAUAGUAUCUAUGGAGACUGGACUUAAGGACUGAAGAGUGCCAUAUCUAUCAUAUCUGAUGCAGAAGAUGAUGGAGAUUUUACUUGAAAAUAGUAUCACUGCUGUCCAGCAGGGUUGAUGUCAUAGCUUUGAGCACAUCAUCAUUUCUGCCACCAGGUGGCACUAAAGGCUUCUUUUUGCCUUGAGUAGAAGAGGUGAAGCAGAGUUCACCUAUAGCUCUGUGCAUUUUGAUUCACUUCAUCUGGUAUGAGUGAGUUCAGUUAAAGAUGAUACUUGUUUCUUUAAUGUAGAAUGUGUUGUCUGUGUGUUUAAACACAAUCAAAGUGCACUUUACUUUCAUGGAGGAUAAAAUGGCUCUGAUUUAUUAUUGAGAAAAAACUGUUUGUCUCACUCUGUGAAGGCAAAGUGUGUGAUGAGAAGUCAGUAUGCACCUGCCAAAAUGAAUACUGUAGUUGCCAUGAGUUUGAAUUGUUUAGGACUAAUUAAUGAUUGUAAACCAUUAAUAAUUUGUUGUAUCAAAUGACGGCUGCAGCAGAGUCAGACAAUUAAAAUGCAAUGAAAAUGAUGCUUAAUUGAAUUGACAAGUGCAGCACUGUGCAGUAUUGGAGCAAAGACACAUGGACAUAGAAACAGAUGAAUAUUGACACACAGUGCAGACAGUCUGAGAUAUACAGGCCUUAUAUAUUGUUCAGUCAGCGGUGUCAACAUUUUCUAAAUGAAACCAUCAGUUUUUAGUUUAAUUUCCCUCCUUCCAGUACACAGAGAAGGUAGCCUGUAAACUUCCACCAGACACCAUGCAAAUAACGCUUGUUUUUGGCAUGUAGUUUUAACUGUGUUCAGAGGCCAGGCAGUGAGAGUAUUAGUGGCAGACUUCUUACCCUGUAAUAAUAAAAGAUAUAAUCUCCCCUUCAAGCUACAGCAGUCAUUAUCAGAAGUUAUUUUUCUUUUUGAACACUUCUGGCCUCUUCCAUAGGUUACCUGACCACUAAGUUUCCAGUUUCAGCCUCUGAAGUGUCUGGUGUUGCUUACACUAAAGCCAAAUGCAACUUCUGGUACUACAGUGAUGAAAAAAUAAAAAUUCCAAUAGCAAAUUAAA